GGCAGUGAGCGAGUACUUACUGGGACUCGGGCCUCGUUCCCAAAUAUAACGUUACUUUUGUAAGUAGUACUGUCGACGUGUUCUUUUGGAUAGUACGGUACUCGCAACAUACUUUUCAUUUUCGCGAUUUUCUCACAAUAUCUACGUUCAAUUUAUGUUACGAUAUUUGUUUUUGGUAUUGUUAUUAUUUUCGUGAUGUAACAGUACCGUAAAUCGUAAUUUGCUUAAGAGUCGAACACUGCGAUUUCUACUGAUUUUGCAAUUAUAGUAACCUAUUUUUUUCGGAUGGUCAUUGCCCUUGAUGUGUUCUACUAAUCAGGUUAUUGUAUCAAGUUGGGUUGAUGGAAUCACAAGCUCAAGCAAAAGUUAAAAUUACCCUUAUACGGUGAUCAUGGCUAACACUGCUGCUGAGAAUGAGGCAGAUUCAGGCAGUGGUGUAGUGACGACACACGUAACACCCAAAGAAGAAGAUGCAGAUCAAAACGAAGCCGAUCGAUUAGUUACUGGUUCUAAUAUAAAUUACGAUACCACAGAAAUAUUCAAAUGUAUUAAAUGUGAUUUCGAGGCCAAUACACAAGUACAAUUGACAUUACACGUUACAAAAGUUCAUACUACCAACGAAGCCUCUGCAAUGGAAGUAGAAAAUAAUAAUCCCCCUCCAGAUAGGGCGCAUCGAAAAAUGUUCGAAUGCGACGUCUGCAAUAUGAAAUUUUCCAAUGGGGCAAAUAUGAGACGCCACAAAAUGCGCCACACCGGAGUCAAACCGUACGAAUGUAGAGUAUGCCAGAAGAGAUUCUUCCGAAAAGACCAUCUCGCUGAACACUUUACCACGCACACCAAAACUUUGCCGUACCAUUGCCCCAUCUGUAACAGGGGUUUCCAGAGGCAGAUAGCUAUGAGAGCCCAUUUUCAAAACGAGCACGUCGGCCAACACGAUUUGGUUAAAUCGUGUCCUUUAUGCAGCUAUAGAGCUGGUUCCAUGAAAAGCCUCAGGAUACAUUUUUUCAACAGACACGGUAUUGAUCUCGAUAAUCCCGGCCCUGCUGGUUCUCAAGCUUCUCUAAUAGCUGCCGCUGCCCAACAGGGUUUCGCUAUGGACGGAACUCUAAAUUCUCUGAGUCAAUUCACUGGAAGUUUAUCAGUGAGCGUGACGGGGGGCGCUAAUUAUAGCGAUUCCGGGGAUUCUACAGGAGCCCGUUCGACCGAUAAUGCCACGCCGCCGAUGCAUUUUUUGACGCCUCACGUGGAGAUUUCCAUGACUGAUGCUCCUGUGCCUGUUUUUUCACCAUCCCCGGGAGAUCAACAAAAUUCGAAUCAACCUGGCCAAAGCAGUGAUCCUCAAAGAGUGAACGGGGAUUGUCCAAAUUCCCCUCAAUCUGCAGAUUCCAAUUCCAACGCUCCAUCUAGCAGUCAUAUCCAACCAAACAGCUUAAGAAUCGACCAAGAAACCAGCAUCACCCCAUCCAUAUCAUUGAUUCCCAUAAAACAAGAACCAACAGAAGAAUAUGAAGGAGCUAAAAGAAAUGGACCUGUUAAUUUAAGCACUUCACCUUCAGGUAGCAUACAGAUGCAGUCAGCAACGUCUAGUAGCUUAAGUUCAUUAAUCAAGGUAUCUCCGUUGAAGAGUCUGUUAAGAGACGAUCUCAAAAGAAAAAUAAUAUCCAGAAAUGGUUCGAGCAGUAGAGGCAGGUCAACAGCUUCCCCCGGAGCUAAUUCCGAAUCGCCAAAUGAUCCAGCAACCACUACUAAUGGUACUAUUACUUCCACAGGUUUAGAACAACCUUCGGAUUCUUCUUUAUGGACUCGGAUGAGUAAAAGAGCGUUGAACGGUCUUCAAUGUAUCUUUUGCGGUAUAGGAUUCCCAGAUCAAACUCUCUAUUUUCUACAUAAGGGAUGUCAUUCUGACGCGAACCCUUGGAAAUGCAACAUAUGUGGGGAACAGUGUUCCAAUGUGUACGAAUUCAAUUCUCAUUUGUUAAGUAAAAGCCACCAAUAGCGUUCGGUGAAUCCGUAGGUUACUGGAAUAUAUUAUUUUUGUUUUGUUGAACUAUUUUGUACAGGAAGUUGUACUAUUGGACCUAUUUUUUUGAUAGGAAUUGUUUUAAAUAAUUUCCAUGAUGAUUUUAUAGGAAGGAAUUUGAAAUUUUCGUUUUUUUUUUUUGGUAUUUUAAUUGUAUUUUAGAAGAAUUCGUUGAAUAUGGUAUAAAGUGGAAAAAGAUGAGACGAGGAAUAACGUCAUAUCUCAAAAAAGUUGUAUUAUAACCUAUAAGAAGCAAUAUCUCUAAUUGUUAUUCCUUUAUGUUCAAUUUAAUUUUUAUACUGUCGGUUAGGUUUUGUUUUUUUUUUAUUUUCUAGCAUAUAUCUUUUCUUUUAGGGAUUAGAAAUUAUUUUUUGUCUUUAGUGAACCAUAUUUUUGUAAAUUUAUCAAAUUAACAACAAAAUUUCUGUUUUUGUGUUCUUGAAUCGUUGAAUUUAAACUCUUUAUAGAAAGAAAACCUCAAAAACCCUUUCAUUUUUGGUGGGAAAUUUAAGUAUCUUUGAAAUACGAGGGUGAGUUGAUGGUUUAAAUUCUGUUUUCGGAAAAUUUACAAUAUCACAAAGAAAUUCUUCCAUUUUGCUAUAACUUUUUACCGUAUAUAGAAAAAAACUUUGAAAUGAUUCUAUUUUCGAUGGAAAUUGAUGUAUAUUUGAAACAAGAGGCUGUUUUGAUGCCUUAAAUUCUAUUUUUCUCUGUUUAGUUCACAAAAUUGUUGAAAAUUUUCAAAAGAAUUUCCAUUUUUCGAUCCUAUAUAGUUGAAUUUAAACUUUUUUUAGGAGAAAACCUCUAAAACUUUUCGGUUUUUUAGGGAAAUUUAAGUAUUUGUGAGAUACGAGGGUGAGUUGAUGGUUUAAAUACUGUUUUUGGAAAAUCCACAAUAACAUGAAGAAAUUCUUCCAUUUUGUUUCCAUAUUGUUAUAACUUUCCUCUGUAUAUGGAAAAAACCCUUGAAAUUAUCCUAUUUUCGAUGAAAAUUGAUGUAUAUUUGAAAUACGAAGGUGUUUUGAUGACUUAAAUUCUGUUUUUUCUCUUUAGUUUACAAAAUUGUUGAAAAUUUACAAGAUUAUCAAAAAAAUUCCAUUUUUCGUUCCUAUAUAGUUGAAUUUAAACUUUUUUCAGGAGAAAACCUCUAAAACUUUUCAGUUUUUAAGGGAAAUUUAAGUAUUUGUGAGAUACGAGGGUGAGUUGAUGGUUUAAAUUCUGUUUUUGGAAAAUCUACAAUAACAUGAAGAAAUUCUUCCAUUUUGUUACCUUAUUGAUAUAACUUUCCUCUGUAUAUUGAAAAAACCCUUGAAAUUAUUCUAUUUUCGAUGGAAAUUGAUGUAUAUUUGAAAUACGAGGGUGUUUUGAUGGUUUCAAUUCUGGUUUGCUGUUUUUAGUUCACAAAAUUGUUGAAAAUUUACAAAAUCAACAAAAAAAUCUCAGUUUUUGUUCCUAUAUCGUUGAAAAUAAGUUUCAUAUAUAAGAAAGUCCUUGAAACUAUUUAGGAAAUUUGAGUAUCUGUGAAAUACCAGGGUGGGUUGAUGGUUUUGAAUAUCAUUUUCUGUCUUUGAUGGAACAUAUUUUUAAAAAUCUAUAAAAUCAAUGAAAAAUUUCCUCCGUUUCUUUUUAUACCCUUAUAACUAUAUAUAAUAUACAAUAGAAUCUUUGGAAAUUGCUUGUUUUCGAUUGAUAUUCAUGUAUAUGUGUAAUACGAGAGAUUUUGAUGGUUUCGAUAGUGAUUUUUGUCUUCAGUAUACCAUAUUUUUGAAAAUCAAAAACAAAAUUUUUGUUUUCUUUCCUAUAUCGUUGAAACUAAUCUCCAUAUACAAAAAAAUCUCAAAAUUAUUCAGUUUUUGAUAGAAAUUUAUGUGAAAUACGAGGGUGUGUUGAUAGUUUAAACUCUGAUCUGUCUCUUAAGUGGACCACAUAUUCAACAAGAAAUUUUCUCUUUUUGCACCUACAUCGUUAUAUAUAAAUACCCUCUAUAAGAAAAUUACUCAACUAUGUAUGUCAAAAAUCAACUAUCUAUGAAAUACGAGGGUAUGUUGAAAGUUUAUCAAUUCUUCGUUAUAUUAUUUAUUUAAAAUACCUCAAAAUUUAAAACAAAUCACAUUAACGUGUUUCUAAUUUUCACGAGGUGCUUAAGUGUAAUGAACAUUGUUUUUUAAUAAUUUUUUUCCACAUUAUACCAAAAAAAAUUUACAUAUCAAUAAUGAGUAAUAAAAAAACGACUUAGUGCCUACGCCGAGGCCUUACCUAACUCAACCUGAUAAUUGCUCUAAUUAUCCGUCCAUUGUUAAACAAAUUGUUAUUAAUAAUAUAAAUCCUAUUUACAAAAAUUUUCCUAAAACGUGUUAAAUUCCUCCCACGUCUAAAAACUCAUCGAUUAAGAGACUUUACACUUUUAUCAAGUCCGGGACAAACUGUAUAUAAGUUUAAUCGAUUUUUUUUGUAUGAUAUGCUCAAUAUUUAUACUCGAAAUAUGGCGUGGGGGGGAGGGGGUAGAUAUUUUGUUAUUUUUGAAUUUUUUAGAUAACGCAGUUUCGAAAAUUGUGUAUCGGUCUUGUUUUUUGAAAAAAAAGUCAUAUUGAGCAAAAGUACCUGUGGAACAAUGAAAAUAUGACUUCAAAUAUUAAUAUAUAGGGAUAUUUUAGUCUUUAGUUUAUCAAUUUUUAAUUAUUCUAUACUUAUUUGCAUUCCAUUUAUAUUUUUCAAAAAAAAAUGUACAGUAUUUAUUUUAAUUCGAGAUAUUUCAAAAAAAAAAUGUGCAAUAACUAGGGACAUUUUUUUUAUUGAUUUUAUUUGUGGAAAUAGACCGGGGUCGAUAAUUUUGUUACUAAAAAAUGGAAAGGGGGGUCAAUCUUUAAGGGUGUAAAAUGUUUUUUUUUGUUUCCGGCAAAAUUACAAGUCAUAUGAAAAAAAGUCAAAAA